CCCUCCCCAAUUCUCAUGGUCGAGAUAAAAGCCGCUUGUGGAUAGCUCGUGCUCCCAGCGCCUCUCAUUCAGAGGCCUGCCCUUCACACACCAAUUAAUCACGAUAUUUACAACACCUUGCGGGGGGUCUCAACAUACUCACUCCCAUUAGCAACCACGAAGGGAGAGUAGGUAGAGGGAGAAAUCUACGAAGGGAAAGUAGAGAGAGAGAGAGAGAGAGAGAGAGAGAGAGAGAGAGAGGACAUGGCUUCAUUGAACAUGGCUUUCGGAAUUGCGACAGCAAGAAGCAAAGUGUUUGUGCCCAAGGCAACAAAGGGCGGGGGGAGCGUCCAAGAGGAGAAAGGCCCGCUGGAUUGGAUACUCGGAUCACUGCUGAAAGAGGACCAGCUUCUUGAAACCGAUCCGAUCCUCAACAAGGUAGAAGGGAAGAGCGCUACCGAGGGGUCCAAGAAGUCGACCACCUCCGUUUCCGUUCCGAACAAGAAGAAGUUUGGUGGCUUCGGCGGCCUCUUUGCCAAGAACUGAAAUUUACCUGCGUCUGUAGACUGUAGACGCUCCCUUUUAUUAUUAUUACGUACACAGACAAAUUAAUGUUAAUUUCUUUUCUAAACUGCAAUAUUCUAUGGCUCUUGCCGCUCUUUCACUCUGCAAUGUCACAUUUAUUCAACUUGUGAGUUGAUUUCAUUACGAAACAUUCAAUGGUGUUGUUGUAUACAGGGUUUAGUUCUUAUGAUCUUUGUGGCUUUGUCGCUUUUAACAUUUUCAGCUAAAAUGUUGAUUUAUUGAAACCUUUAUAAAUGUAA